GCUUUUAACCCGCGUUCCGCCACCUCCUCCCUCCCAUUUCCACCCGCUGCUUCCCGUCCCUCCGCACCUCGUUCCUGCCCGACGCCAUUUCUGCAGCUUCCGCUGCAAGCUACAGUGUCAACCUUCUGUCAAAUCGCCGCUGCCCCUGUCUCUCUGAGCAAACAGAGGAGAAAGAGAUGGUGAGAGUUGCUUCUGAUGGAGGAACUGGACGUCGUUUACCGCAGUGGAUGCUGGGAGUUCGUGCUGAUGACCAAAUACAGAGAUCUAAUGAUGUAGAUAACAACAAGAAGAGUCUUGAGGAAGAACUUGAAUCUCAAGCUUCCCUAGCCAAGGAAGCAAAUUCAUUUAAGCGUCCUCAAAAAUCUGUGUUACACCAACAGAAAGAGACUUUGGUGGAAAAUUUAUGCACCCCAGAAUGUGUUUCUAAGAAAAGAAAGGGAAGAAAACGAAAAUCAAGUCGAAUUGAUGAGGCUGAGGAUGCUGAUGACCCUGAGGCAGUCCCAGCUAUGAAAUCAAAUAGACUUAGAAGGAAGCUUGUGGACUCUGCUUUGGGAAAAAGAAAAAUACCAAAAAACCUGGGCACCAGAAGUGAUGAUGAUAUGGAACUGACAGUGGAAGAUCUAAUAGUCAUUGCCAAAGAGUAUGUUGAAGCUGAUAAGGAUAGGGCCCAUAAACACGAAUUACAUGGAGAACGUGAAUCUAGUAGCAUAAAUCCAAGAACAUGCCACGCCAGGAAUCAAUCUGAAGGAUCUUUUAAUACUAAUAAUGAUAAGAAGCAGAGUUCUGUGGAUCUUAGUACUUCAAUUCCUCAUGAUUCAACUGCAAUUUCAGGUGGUGAAAAGAUUGAUAUAGGUGUGAGGACAACGGGAGAUCCUGCUAAGGACAUGCUGAAUUUAUUUUUGGGUCCUUUGCUUAAGAAGUCUGUGGAGAAUGAGCAACCCAAAUUUUUUACAACUGAUGUACAAUUUUCUUGUGAUUUAAAGAGUCAAAAUCAAAGGUAUAAUGAAAAUGUUGGAGAUGUGGUCUCAGUAAUGAAGAAGAAGAGCAGCCUGAAAGAUAAGGUAGCAAUGUUUCUUGGAUAAAGCAGAUAUAUCUGACACCGUGAUGUUUCAGGAUGUCAAGAUGUUUCUUGAUACGGAAUAAUUGAACUUCAAGGUGGCUGAUCCUUGCAGUUAUCAGUGAUAUCAUCAAGAUGAUGAAUAUGAGGAACUUAAUUGGGGUGGAUUUGUUUGAAGACAUGUUCGUUUGCUUCCCCCAAUUUCCCUCAUGGAUUUAAUUGAGGUCGUGGACGCUGUUCAUGAAGUCACACAGCAUUGAGGCUGAAGAAUAAAGUUUAAGAAGACCUUUGGAUGGAAUCCACAUUGUUGAUUUUUAAUUGAAUUUA